CAGAGAACGGUGGAAGAGAAAAACUCUGCAUAAGUUGGGCCACUAGCUUGCUAACACAUUGGACCAACGGUUUGAGGCUUUGAGCUUAGACGUGAGCAGCAAAAAAGGGGAGCAGGAAAUGAGUGAGCAUAGGGGCACUGGAACUACUUAGCACUUGGCCGUGUGGGUUUGUAAGGUGUGGAGCAUGUAGAAAACUACAUCCGCAAAGCACACAGGGACGUGUAUUGUGCACUGGGCCGUCAGCUACUAGAUCACAGUAUCAUAAUGCUGUCACUUUUUUCUGGAGGUCCAGAUUGGACUAUAACAUAAAGAAAGCUCCAGCUGUAGAGGUAGUUGUGAAGGAAGUUGAUGUUCAUAGUGCAGGAGGGACAUACAAUUCAGGGUGAAGCAGGAGACUUUAUGAAUUCUAAUCAGAUCAAAGUAUCUUUUCCUUCAUAAACAUAGUUAUUACCCAGAUUCCUUUCUUGCUGCAUGCAACUAAUUGCUGGACUGCAGCUUUUCUGCUUCAUAUACCUGUCUUCCCUUCUGAGUUUCCUUUUAGCACGGCCUUUGUUCUCAUAUGGUCAAAACAAAUUUCUUCUUAAAUUGGGUACAGUUUGAUAUUCUUCUGGAAAUUUAGGUUUUGGAAAGAACCAAGUUUAUUAAGGCCAUGUACUAUUAGAUAUGGUUUUCUAGCGUUUGGCAUUGUUCAACGGGUGAAGAUGGCGUUUUAUUCUGAGGAGGAACAAACUGAGGAUUACCUUUUCAAGAUUGUUUUGAUUGGUGAUUCAGCUGUUGGGAAAUCAAAUUUGCUUGCUAGGUUUGCCAGAGACGAGUUUUACCCUAAUUCGAAAUCUACUAUAGGAGUAGAGUUCCAGACCCAGAAGAUGGAAAUCAGUGGGAAGGAAAUUAAGGCACAGAUUUGGGAUACAGCUGGUCAGGAGCGAUUCAGGGCUGUUACAUCUGCAUAUUACAGAGGUGCUGUUGGAGCUAUUCUGGUCUAUGACAUCAGUAGACGCCAGACAUUUGAUAGUAUUGGCAGAUGGCUUAAUGAACUUCACACUCACUCUGACAUGAAUGUAGUUACAAUACUUGUUGGCAACAAGACAGAUCUCAAAGAUGCCAGGGAGGUUACAACAGCUGAAGGCAGGGCGUUGGCUGAGACCCAGGGCUUGUUUUUCAUGGAAACUUCAGCUCUCGAUUCCUCCAAUGUAGCUGCUGCCUUCCGGACAGUUGUUAGAGAGAUCUACAACAUUUUGAGCCGGAAAGUUAUUCAAUCCCAGGAGCUCAAGCAAAAAGAUCCUGGCUGGAUGGGUAAUGGAAGAACUGUAGUUAUUCAGGCUGAUGAGAACCAAGGAGAAGGGCAAACCAAAAGGGGUGGGUGUUGUUCAUCCUAGAGUUAGAUCCAACGGACUUUUUCUCCAUUUUUUGUACCUCUGGUUGUGCCAAGGCCGUUAACAAUGAUUCGAGACAAUGGCUAUAGGAGAAAGUGGAUUCGAAAUGUAAAUGACUUUCAAGU